AAGGCGUCCCGAGCUUCCGCUGUUACGUCACACAGUUUCCGGUCAGACGCUUCUCCAGGAUCAGCCGAUUGUUUUCAACUUUAACUGUUUUGUGUUGAAACUUUUGAACACGCGCAGCUUCCGGCAUGCAGGCGCUGCGACGGUUCAAUCUGCGGCCGCUGCGAAACUGGAGAGAUUAUCAUGUGACAGCACCAGUGUUGACCUUUGACCUGAGGAAAGUGGAGCUGAUGCCUCUGGAUCAGAGGAAACUGACCUUUGACUCUCAGGCCAUGGUGACAGAGCUGCGGCAGAGCGGUUUUGACGAGCGUCAGUCCGACCUCAUCGUCUCAGCUCUGGUGACGCUGACCACGUCCAACAUGGACAUCGUGUACAAAGACAUGGUGACCAAAGCUCACCAGGAGAUCACCGUGCAGCAGAUCUUGGCUCACCUGGACUCCAUCAGGAAGGACAUGGUGAUCCUGGAGAAGAGCGAGUUCGCCAGCCUCCGCUCAGAGAACACGACGAUGAAGCAAGAGCUGGAGCAGCUGAGGACUCGACUGAAGGAGGAGAAUCAGAAAGUACGAGCGGAAACUAAACUAGACCUCAACUUAGAGAACAGCAGGGUCUCUGACAUGUUCAAUGAACAAAAGAAGAGGCUGAUGGAGGCCAUGACAGAGUUUCGUCAAAAGAAAGUCGACCUGAAAAACGAUAACAUGGAGAUCAACAAAAAGAUCGACCUGCAGGUGGCGUCGCUCAAAACUCUGCUGGAGUCUCUGAAGCUGGAGAUGAUCACCUACCUGGCAGGGACCAUGUUCUCCUGCCUCGCCAUCACACUCUUGGUUUACAGACUGUGGAAAUGAAGGACCAGGAG